AUGUUUCGAAUACGGCUCCUGCUACAUGCCUCCUUACUCUUCCACCAAGCAGUAGUCGGAUCGCCAUCCUUAUCGUCCAAAGAAAAAUCAACCCUCUUCUCCAAUACGGAUAAGUACCCCCUCCCCAACCAGGGCAAUGUCAUCACCCACGACCCCAACAUCAUCGAAUACAACGACAGUUUCUACCUCUUUAUGGGAGGCGUCCAUAUCCCCAUCAGCAAGGCCUCGAGUCUCGACGGGCCCUGGACAAGGGUCGGAACAGUCCUAGACGGACCCAGCAUCAUCGAGAAACAGAACCGGACUCGACCCUGGGCGCCGACGACGGUCCAGCACAACGGCUCAUUCUACUGCUACUACACGAUCAGCACCCACGGCAGCCGCAACAGCUCCAUCGGCGUCGCGACCACCGAUUCCCUCGACAGCGGGAAAUGGACGGACCACGGAGCGCUGAUCAACACGGGGUCCGGGAACCUGUCGCACAUCUACCCCUACAACGAGUCGAACGCAAUCGAUGCGUCGUUUAUUGUGGACAAUGCGACUGGGAAGCCGUAUUUGAACUAUGGCAGUUUCUGGCACGGGAUCUUCCAGGUCCCCCUGGCUGGGGAUCUGCUCUCGGUUGAGGAUGCGGAGCACCCUCGCGCGAUCAAUCUUGCGUACGAGCCGGCGGAGAAGUUCAAGCCGAUAGAGGGGUCGUGGGUGAGUUUCCGGGAGCCGUAUUAUUAUCUGUGGGCCAGUCAUGGGAAAUGCUGUCGGUUUGGGGACGGGCAGAAUGCCAAGGAUUUUCCGGCAAUGGGUCAAGAGUAUGAGAUCCGUGUGGGGAGGUCGACCAGUGUGAAUGGGCCUUUUCAGGAUAAAGACGGCACGAACCUCACUGACGGCGGUGGGACGGUUGUCUACGCCUCGAACCAUGGUGUUGUUUAUGCGCCUGGAGGAAUUGGUAUGUUGCCUGCGAACGAGAAGCAUCCUGAGAUUCUGUAUUAUCACUACCUGAAUACAACAAUGGGCCUCAAAGAUGAUGACGCACACUUGGGCUGGAGUUACCUCGUGUACAAGGAUGGGUGGCCAGUAGCAAAAGCCGUAGAGAACAGCGGAAUAGCCAGUCGUCCGGGCUAUAUCCUCAGUAUAUCCGCUUUGAUUGUGGCGUAUGUUCUGAUGUGA